AUGUUAUUACAACAAUCAAAGAUUACAAUGAUGGAGUCUUUCUUUCAAAAGGCUACUUGGUCCUUUGGUGGUCGGAGUAGAAGAAAAUUGAUGAAAAAGAAGAGGCUCCGUUUCGGUUAUAAUUCAUCAUCAUCAUUGGAAUUGAAUUCCUUUGUGAAUCACGAGUUUGGAAAAGCCAAUUUUCAUUCAUUGUCUAUUUAUUGUUCCGAAUCAUUACCAACAUCAGCAUCAUCAUUGAAUCAAAAGUCUAAUGAAAAGGAGCAAAGGUCGGAUGAAAAAGAACAAAAUUCUGGACAAAGUAGUCAAUCCAAUGAACAGCAUGAAGAAGAUUGGCGUGAUUUUGGAUUAUUCAGUGCCAGACGGUGUCUCAACAUGUUUGGUUUGUCAGGAUUUAUUUAUCUUAGUAUGGCUGCCUUUUUCCAUUUCAAGAGAAAAUCGGUAAAAAACAAUGAAAUGAUGAAAGUGUUGGUGGAUCAAGACUCGAAUAUGGAUCAGUUACUUGCUAUCGAGAAUGAGGCAAAGUUAUUGAACUUGUUAAAACAGGUCUUGUUCUUGAUCAAAUCAUAUCAGUAUAUUGAGGAAUUUUUUCAUCCAUUUUUUAUUCAACGCAUUUUUGAUAUCGCCAUAUCCAAAAACCAACCUCUGAAUCAAGUGGCAUUGGAUAUUUUGGCGAAUGUGUUGAGAGAACAAACAUCGCCUCGUCUUUCAGAGGAAUUUUUCAAUAUUUCAACACAACAACCACAAUAUAACAUGAUUCAAUUAAUGUUGAAUUCUGUUUUGAGAGAUAAUGAUUCUGCAACAAUUGAAGCCGUCAAUGCAUAUUUCAAUAAUGUCAAAUCAGAACACACACUCUCAGACCAACAAAAGAAAUCAUUGGACGUACUCAUAAAUCUAUUUUCAAACAAACAUUUGCUGUGGAGAAUGAAUGCUGAAACGAACGAUGAAAAAAGCGUCUAUCGUGAAAAAUUACUGGACAUGGUGAAGAAUGGAACGGCGCAAGAAUUUGAGAUUGCCUUGAAAUGCAUUCUUCAAAUAUUUAAAAGAAUCAAUAGAGAAGACUUGUCUGGUAAAAUAGCAGUGGAUCAUGUUUUAGGAGUGUACAGAUUUCUGUCCCAGCUUUAUGACACAGAUGUUGUAAAAGUACACGAAUUUUGGGAUCAAACUGAUAUCUUUAACAAAGCCUACGACACCAAGCCAAAGACCAAAGAUGAAAAUCAGAAAUUACUAGACAAGAUUGAAGAUUCACAUUCUGUCAUGACCUCUCUGUUACUGAGCUCUGCCUUUACGUAUGCCAUGCUUGAGAGAAGUCCACAAGUGGUUCUUAACAGAAUCAUGCUUGCAAAAACAGUAUUCAGAAGUGUUGUUCUUUUUGGAUUUACCAUGUAUCUUGAAAAGUACAGAGAAUCUUACCAAGAGCAAUUAGAAAAGAAUCAUAACGGAAUGCAAACAAUGAAUCUUUCUGAUUAUCUUGAAAUAUGGAACAGCGCACAAAUCAGAUACAUUUACAAAGACAUGUUGGUGCUCAGUGUUGUCUAUGGAUUUUUGGGAUUCUGGUCAUUAUUGCCCAUGUUGACAUCAUUUGAAAAGUGA